AUGAAACAGAGCAUAUUCGUGUGGCUUACGGCCACUACCGUAAUGGUAAUGAAUACGGUAAUGGGCGACGUGUCGUUGUUGAUUAGCAAGGAGGAAAUGAACAGGACAUUAGGUAGGUUGUGAUAAGUUUACUAGCUCUUACCCUACUUUGCUAAACGUAAAAAUCGUUUUCUAAACCUAAACUUCUUCUCUAAGCCUAAAAAUAUAGUAGCUAAGUUUGAACCUCUUUUUUAUGUCUAAAAAGUGUCUGUUAAGCCUAAAAGUUGUUUUCUAAGCCCAAAUUUAUCCUCUAAGCCUAAAAGUUCUUUUCUAAGCCUAACAAUUAUGUGCUAAGCCUUAGAUUGUGUACCAAGCCUUAAUUUCUUCCCUAAGCCUAAAGAUUCAUUUCUAAGCAUAACUUUCUCUUAUAAGCCUAAAAAUUCAUUUCUAAGCUUAAAUUUCUUUUUUAAGCUCAAAAAAUUAUGUGCUAAGCCUAAGAAUAGUCUACAAUUUCCUUCUAAGUAAGCCUAAUAUCUUAUUGCCUUGUUCCCAUACUAAAACGUUCUUUUCAGGCGUCUCAGCCGAGAUGAAUUACGUGGAGAACGGUGUGGUUAAUGCCUACGCGACCAAGUUCCCUUACCGUGUCGCGGCCAAUAUUAGUCAUUUGGUUUUCACAUGGUUCUCACCAUCUCGUGCUGAUUAUUCGGUUCGAGUACAAGCGGAUGACUUCAACGUUCUGCCGAUUAUUAAUCUGGCAAACAAUGGCAAAGUGCCUAAAGCGCGGGAAAGUAAGUUUUUAAAAUUUUGUUUUGGCGGGUAGAAUUUGGAGAAGAGAUUGGGGUACUAGUUUAUGUCAUAACUUGUACCAAUUAAACUAUUUGAGACAUUUAACUUUUACUGGGGGUUUUUGAUAGUUUUCACUGUGUUUUAAGCAGUUCAUACUAUAUUUAUUACCAUUUUGCCACAUGAUAUAAGCUUUUUUAUUCACCUACCCAUCAUAUCUUGAAGAAUAUACAUAGUUCUGGAAAGUUGCACCAUAACUUGUACCAACGGUACUACAUGCUAAACCUGACUUUUACUGACAAUUUUGAAUAGUAUUACUUAUAUUUUAAACACGUAAUACUGUAUUUACUACGAUUUGUUUAUAAGGUAUGAGCUUUUAUAUUUAUCUACCCAUCAAAUUUCAAAAAAUAUAUAGAGCCUGAACAUAUUGUAUCAUAACGUGUACCAGUAGUACUAAUUGACUAGAAUAGGAUAACAAUCUUACUUUACAUAGUGUUGACUAUGUCAUAACAAAAAAGUUUUAUAAUAUCCUUAUUAGUUUGAAAGAUAUGAGAUUUUAUAUUCACCUACCCAUCAAAUUUUAAAAAAUUUAUAGAAACUAAACAUGUUGUAUCAUAACAGUAGUACUAUUUGGCUAUUUUAUUAUGACAUUAGUAUUCUAAAUAGUAUAGGCCAUGUCAUAACAAAAAAGUUUUAUAAUAUCCCUAUUAGUUUGAAAGAUAUGAGCUUUUAUAUUCACCUACCCAUCUAAACCGGCCUAAAAUCUCAAAAAAUUUUCAAAAAAUGAAACUUUCUUAUCCAUAAAUACGUUAAUAUCCGUGAAAUAAAAGCAUUACUGAAUUAUUUACAGCCUUCUCCGUGGAAUAUCGCUGUGCUGGCAGUCGGGCGGGGCAGUUCCUGGUCACGUUGUUCUUCAAUGUUUCGACCAGUCAAGGGCCUUUGGCCUUUACACUGAAACAGGAAAAGAUUUGUACGUUGAAGGACGGAAGACGGGCUACUGGAGGUAAUUUUAUUACUUUUUGGGGUUUUUCAAGUGGGUUACAGUAUAAUUUUGAAAUUUAAAUUUUUUUGAAAUUUUUAAAAUUUCAGGAUCAGACCACGAUUACAACCACCUACAGAUGAACAAUGAGAGUACAAUGAACUCCCCAGUACUAUUAUACGUAUCUGUAGCCGUACUGAUUACCAUAAUCUUGUUAAUCAUCAGUGCUGUUUGCUUUUACACUCGGUCGAAGAGUAAACAGUCGAGAUUGUAUGAAUCUAGGCAUGGUAGAUCUACUCCGAGCUCUUUUCCGUAAGUUUUUAAGAGUUACUCUACCUUAUUAAGCCUAAUUAGUUUGUGGUAAGCCUAAAAAUUGUGCACUAAGCCUAAACGUAUGUGCUAAGCCUAACUUUCAUUUUUUAAGCCUAAAAUCUUGUCCUAAGCCUAAAGAUUUUGAGUAAUAUAAAAAUAAUUUUCCAGAACCAAAGAAUCAAGUGCCUUCGACUCCCCCUCCCAACCCUUUCUCCAACCUUGCACAUCCACCCCCUUAACCAAGAUUUCCACCGCCAAGCUGACCAAACUCGAAACAAACUCAACAUUAGCCGAACCAAAAAUAAUAUUCGAACGGAAAACACCGCUAGAUGUGAACAAAACCCUAAUAGAACUCUAUGCUGAUCGAAAUCUGUUCCAAGUUAUGCCAUUCAUCGAAAUGGAGGGCAAGUUCGGCGAGAUACGAUGGGCAAUAUGGAGACAGACGACAGUCGGAUUGAGUGGAGAUAUUGACGAUGAAGAAGAUGGAGUCAAUGAGGAAGUCGCUGUGAUAUGUAAAACUUUGAAGAACACAACCGACCGGUCGCAUUUUGAGAAGUUCAUGAGGGAUUCGUUGGUCUUCCACAAGGUAAGCUUUUUAGCAAGAUUAACCUUGUUUUGCAACGUUUAUUACCUAAAAAACAAAUCAAAUCACUAAAAUUUAUAUUGAAAAAAGUUUGAAAAAGAUUUUUCAAUACUUUUAGAAUAUUUUCCUUUAGUUUCAGACCGUAUUUCGAUAAGAAAAAGGUAUAAAACAUCAAAAAACGCCAAAAAUCCGCUAUAUUUCUUGGUUUCCAGUCUUUAUUCGCUUGAUUUUGCUCGUUUUUGGCCUCAAAUUUAAUAAAAAUACUAAGUAAAAGUUCAAGAAGUCGAUAAAGAACCUUUUUUCAGAGCCUAAACCAUGUUUUGAAGGCUAUAUUAACCAUAAAACAUCUAAAACAUCAAAACUACAAUAUUUAGAAAUGUGCGUCUUUCUGGUAUAGUGACAGUGCGCUGGACGUACGUGCGGAAGCUAGCGGGUUCGAGUCCGGCUUAGUGCAAAACGUUUUUUUGAGCGAUGUGAAUUGAAAAUGACGUUUUUUAGGUGAAAAUAGCCUUUGGUGUUUGAAUUGGCAUUAUUUUUGUUAUUUUUGCUUAUUAUUUUGAUGUUUUUUGACUAUUUUUGCGAGUUUUUUGGAAUUUUUUGAAAUUUUUGAUCAAUUUUUUUUCUUUUUCUUUAUUUUAAAAAUAUUUUUGAUAUAUUUUUGGAUUUUGACUGUUGAUAUUAUGAAUUGUCUAUAUUUUUUGAACAUUUUAAAAGUUCUAAAUAUACAAAAAUGUUAUAGAAAAAGCUAAUUUUUUUACCUUUUCCAGGUCCCAUCCCACAUAAAUCUGGCUCAAGUACAAGGAGCUGCCACUUUUGGUCAUUUCAACAAUCCAGCUUCAGUAACCGACUUCCCACUGAUUUGUUAUCGUCAUCAAGGCUUUGGAUUCCUAAAGAAAUUCCUUUUGACUUGUCGUGGAGUUCAAGGGCUUCGCGAAUCUUCUGAGGCCAGUGCCAGUUCAUCGAAGCGGCCGACUGGUGGAGCAGCCAAUCAGACCUUACGUACCCAUGACCUGGUGAACAUGUCACAACAAAUUCUGAAGGCGGUGACACACUUGCAUCGGUUUGGGGUGAUUCACAAGGAUGUAGCUACACGAAACUGUCUGAUCGCUGAGAUUCCGGCGUUGGGAAUUAACGACCGGUUGAUGGUGCAGUUGUGUGAUUCAUCGUUGAGUCGAGACAUCUUUCCGGAUGAUUAUUACAGUCCGAAAGGGGAUGACACGGAGAGUCGACCGGUCAAAUGGAUGCCUCCGGAGACGAUCAGAAGCAAUGUUUAUAACAGUGCUUCGGAUGUGGUAAGUGGAAUACUGGGUUAGAGGGUAUGGUAAGGAAAGGCAUUGAGUUAGAGGGAGUGGUAGGGAAAGAUAUUGAGCUAGAGGGUAUGGUAGGACAAUAUAUUGUGAUAGAGGGUAUGAUAGACCAAGAUAAGGCCGAUUAAAGUUGGUAGAGUAAAAAACCUCAUUUCAGUGGUCCUUCGGCGUGUUCAUGUGGGAACUCUUCACCUGUGGUCAACAGCCCUUCGUCGAUUGUAACUCCGAGGAGAUACCUUCAAUUUUACAAACUGGUACUCGGCUAGGACAACCCUACAACUGUCCGGACGAAAUGUACAGUAUCAUGUAUUCGUGCUGGAAUCAAGCACCAUUAGAGCGGCCAACGACCGGUCAAUUGCAACAAAAUUUGGACGAAUUCGCUCAACAGCUGAGGCGUUACAUUUGA